UUAUUUUAGAAGCAGCAUUUGGUUUUUAUCAAGCUGGUUAUUUCGGCUAUAUGAUGUUGCAACAAAGCAUUAUAUUAUUACUGUUCACAGUCAUUUCUUACUCAAGUGAAAAUGAAAUUGUGCCACAUGAAUCAACCAUAAGAGCUAUUUUAUCCAAACCAGUCACUCUUCAAUGCAAUUUUCCUCGUGUUAAGGUCUCUUGGAAAUCUACAAAUAAUACCUAUUUGUUCUCUUAUAUGGAAUGUGUGAACAGUUUUCCUCACUCUACAGAGAAUAAGCUUUUUCAAGGAACAAAAAGUAACUGCUCUAACAAACACAAGGUUACUUUUCUCACUUUCCCUUUUAUCACCAAGGAACAUGACAAAAUUCAAAUUCGUUGUAGUCGGCAAGGAGCUACUUCAGAUCUCAUAUUCACAAUAAAAGUUAUAAAUUUCCCAACAGUUCAAGUAAACAGUGUCAAUGCGAAAAUAGGUGAACAAGCUAUAUUGAAAUGUAAUGUUGAAGAUUUAACCAAUUUUAAAAUAACUUCAUUAAAAUGGACGCAAGAAAUCUUUGGACAUCAGAUUGAAGGACAUGUCCCCAAUGAGAAUCAAUUAAUCUUCAAUAAUACUUCCUGGAGAGAUACAGGCAACUGGACAUGUACUAUUAUGGUAAAAAAUGACCAGGCAACAGAAGUUAUUAAAGGAUCUGGGAUACUCUCUGCAUCUGGUGCUCCUAUUGUGGAUCAUCUAGAAAAUGUCAUUGAAGCUGAAGAGUCAGAGAGCAAAAUUGUUAAGUGUUUCAUUUAUUCGUACUCUCAGGAAAUUAAUGUUAAGUGGUGCCAUAACAAUCAUCUAAAAGAAGGGGUAAUUUUAUCAAUUUCAAAUCGUCAAGCAACUGUGGUAAAUGAAACAGUUCAGUUACCAGGAUAUAUUACUCAAUUAGAAUUAAAAAAUAUCAAAGAGAAAGAUUUUGGAAAAUACACACUAUAUGUUCGCAAUAAAGAAGGUGAAUCAAAUGCUACAUUUAUUUUAAGAAAUGCAGCUACAGCUAAUAAUGUACUAACCAUUGGAAUUACGUGUGGCGUGAUAGUUCUCAUUCUUGUUACACUUAUCAUAUGCUGCUUUUGGUACUUUUCUAUCAGGAAGAUCUCAUCAGUUACUGAAAGAAAGGAAUAUUCAAGGUUUUUCAUUUCAUCUUGUUCAACAAAAACAUCUUCUCUUGAAAAUCAUUGGAAUAAUAAAGUUUUGAGUGAAAGUACAAAGUUAUCCAGUAUAAAGUACAUUAAGGAUUUCAGCAAAGAUGAACCAUUCCUAGAAAAUGACGAACCUAUUUAUGCAGAAAUUGGCUACAUAGAUAUGGACAGGGCAAAAGCACUCAAAGCUACCCAGAAUGAGUAUUUAAGCCCAGACUCUGUAAAUUCUCUGAAGCGCAUUCAAAAUGAAGGGACAAAUGACCGCAAAUCUACCGAGAAUGUAUAUUUAAACCCAUUGUCAGUAAAUUCCCUGAAGCACAUUCAAAAUGAAGCACCAAUUGGAUGAAGUUCUACAACCAUGAAAGAACGAGUUUACUGAGGAUUCUUUACAGGAAAAAAAAAUUAGACCAAUAUUCUUACACAUCUUACCUGUUUAUGUUUUUGUUUUUAUUUCUUUUCUUUUAGUUUUUCCAAAACAAAACAUCACUAUUUAUUUCCUACAGGAUACCAAAUCAAAAAACUGAUGGAAACUACGAUUUCCAUUAACAAAAAGUGCUUCUUUGUGAUUAGCUUAAAAGAGUAGCAAAACACCAGUCUUAACAUUAUUGUACAAUGACAGUAUAUGUCCUGUAUCAGCACAUAGUCAAAAAUUCUAUAUACAAAUGAUAUAUUUUGCUAAUUUCCCUUAAUAUUCUGAACAAUGCCAUCCCUGCACCCAAAGAAAAAAAAAAGCCUUGAUCAAUUUUGAGCUAAAUCAAAACAAAAUUGUGAAGCAUUAAUCAAAAUGUUUUUAUUUACUACUGCAUUAAACACUGUUAUCCAGUUGUUUUUAUUUUAAUAACAUUCUCCUGUGUAUAUGACAGCAGAACUUAUGAGAAUGCAGAAUGUUGAAUGAUUCCAAUCCCUGAAAAUUAAAACAACAUUGACAUAAAGAAGAAAAUUCAUAAGUAUGAGACAAUAUUUUCAGUGAGAAAACUCUAAGUAAAAAUAAUGCCUUAUGAUGAUGGGUUUAAUAUUGUAAUUCUCCACAUGCUAAUUCUUGCCACGUAUUAGGAGAACAUACAACUGCUUCAUUUUGUUCAUUCAAAUUUCAUCCACUUCAGCCACCGAUCAUGUCACCCAGUGUUUGUCCUCUUCCUUUCCUUUAUUUUCAUUUGGAAGUUUCCCACAAUUAUUUGUGUGUAAUUUUUCACUCUUGUAUAAUGCACACAUCCAUCAUUGUAAGCAAUGAAACCCCCAAAACAAAUAUCAGUCACAUACAAUAUAUACAAACUUUUUUUUAGUGUCUAUGAUUUGUAAAAAAGAAAUGGUCACUCAGAUUUGCAAUUGUCAUAUAAAUCAUCAUCAUUAUAAUCAUCAUAUUUUUAUGUCCAUUUUCCAUGCUGGCAUGGAUUAGAUGGAUUGUCAUGUUCCAAGUUUGUUCUUCUUCAGAGUGUUACUGUGCUCCUAGACAGAUAGGUGGACCAUGCUCCAUUUGAACAUUUUAAAGUUUGGUUUGGUUUCUAUGACUGGAUACCUUUUCUAACACCAACCACUUUACAGAAUGUACUGGAUGUAUAUUUUCAUGGCACCAGCUCUAGAAAGACUAGGUAUCUUUUCAAACUUGAGCUGUCUUCAUUAGCACUUGUGAGGUUGCCUUGUGCCCUACAUGUCAAUGGUAUCCUCACUGCUCUACAUAUCGAGCAAUACAACUAAUAUAGUAGGUAGAAUAAAAGGCAAUUGCCAAUGAUGAACUAGAAUGAAAAGGAGAAUGACAUGAGAGUAUGAAGGAGGAGACCAGAUAAUUGGGGUCACAGUGCAGUAAAAGAAGUGCUAGAAGUAAUAGAAAGAACAGUAAUGGAUAGUCAUAAAAAAUGUUGUGAUGGAUGUUAAAAUGUGUGAACCUGGAAGAGCGGUGUGAUAAUUAACAGCAUAAAAGGAUAACAGGAGAGUAAUGUUAGUUGGUAAGAAGGGAUGUGAAUGAUGAGUAGUCAAGAAGGUGAUGGUAAGAGAAUGAUGAAUACCUGAGAGAAAGGGAAUGAAAGUUGAAAGGGUGAAUAUCAAAUUCAACACAACUUUCAAUUAAUUUGGCAUAGUAAUGGAGGAGAGCCACAUAUUUACUGCUAAGGGAGUGCAGGCAUAUUAGAUACCCAUAGAUCUGAUGUAAACUGUCUUUAUUCAGGCAUCAUGAUGAGAGAGACAUUUAGUGCUGGUAAAAGAGAGAACAAGUGGUCAUUAAUGAGUUUGACAUGAAUGAAAAUAGCAGAGAUAGGUAGUGUUAGCUGUUGGUAAGAGAGUGACUGAUGUAAAUUAAGAAGUGAGCUGAGAAAGAGAAAGUGUUGGCUUGCAAGUAUAUGUGCAUAAGAUACAAACAGAUACAACACAAUCCCUCAUAACUUGAUAGAAGGAAGAAAGGAAAAAUAUAGAUAGUGGUAGAGAAGGUAAUUGAGUAAGGGCAUUUCUAAUGUUUCUUUCAUCCCAUAGGUGGCAUGGUACAGUGAAUGUGGAAUGGCUGAAAGAGCACGUUCUAAAUUGGUAACAAAGUGAGAAUGAUAACAGAUGGAGGUUCAGCAGAUACAAAAGGAGAAAAAGCCUAAAUAUGAAUCAAGUAAAAUCGAAAUCGUAGCUGUGGCCAGUGCUGCCUGACUGGCUUCCAUACUGGUGGCACAUAAAAUGCACCAUCCAAAUGUGGUUGAUGCCAGUGCCCUUGUGCCGUGCCUAAAUAUGAAACAAGUAAAAUCGAAAUUGCAGCUGUGGCCUGACUGACUGGCUCCCAUGCUGGUGGCAUGUAAAAUGCAUGAUCCAAAUAUGGUCAAAGCCAGUGUCCUCUGACCGGCUCUCGUGCUGGUGGCACGUAAAAAGCAUCAUCUAAAUGUGACUGAUUCCAGUGCCGCCUGACUGGCUCCCAUACUGGUGGCACAUAAAGAGCACCCACUACACUCUCAGAGUGGUUGGUGUUACAAAGAGCAUCCAGCUGUAGAAACAUUGCCAGAUCAGAUUGGAGCCCAGUGCAGCCUACUGGCUUGCCAGACCUCAGUCAAAUUGUCCAAACUAUAUCAGCAUGGAAAGCAGAUGUUAAAUGAUGAGGAUGAUGAUGAUGAUGAUGAUAUGUAUAUAUAUACAUAUAUAUAUAUUUAUUACAAUUAAAAGGGUAAAGAAUUAUCAAUUUAUUAAUUUAUUAAUAAAUUAAUAAUUAAUAAUUUUUACCAAGCCCUUCGGUAUAAUAGCACCAUUAUCGGUGAAGAACUUAUUUAAAAGUUCUUAUACAUUUAUAAACAUAAUUAAGGGGUCAGAUAGCCUGUUGGAGUUUCAGCACUUUAGCUGCUAUUUCUGAACUUCUUUAUGUUUAUACAUAUAUAUCAUCAUCAUCAUCAUCGUUUAACGUCCGCUUUCCAUGCUAGCAUGGGUUGGACGAUUUGACUGAGGACUGGUGAAACCGGAUGGCAACACCAGGCUCCAGUCUGAUUUGGCAGAGUUUCUACAGCUGGAUGCCCUUCCUAACGCCAACUGUAGAAACUAGAAUAUAUAUAUAUAUAUAUAUAUAUAUAUAUAUAUAUAUAUAUAUAUAUAUAUAUAUAUAUAUAUAUAUUCUAGUUUUCAUCACUGCCCCCAUUUUAAUAUAGAUUUUGCCAUGCUUGCAUGGUUGGUCAACUCUUCUCCAACACUGAACUUGGUCCUGUGUCAUAUCUUUUGUGACAUGCAACAACUUGAAAUCAGUUUUCACCACUUCCUCCAAAGUCUUCUUGUAUCUCUGUCUAUUUUGUGUCACUCAGCUGUCACCAUCCAUAUGCAUCACAUGUCCAUACCGCUACUGUCUCUUUCUCACAUACUACAUCUGAUACUCUUCAUAUUCAAUCAUUAUCAUAGCUCAUUUAUAUUCCCAUCAUGCACGCAUACAAAUGCAACACAUCUAGUGAGUAUAUUCACUUCACUCCUUUCUUUCACGCCAUGCAACAUUACAGUUUAUGCAUGAACACCAUACAACUUGCUUUCCAUUCUAAAAACUACCUUUGUUGGCAGUAGAGAUAUAGCUCCUUGUACUUUUUCUGAUCUGUUCCUGCUCUGGGUAUUAUGCUUUCAAAACACCCACUGCUGUUAAUUGGGUCAUUUAGGUUAUAGAAGAUAUCAACUACUCCUAGAGAGCCACCCAGGCAUUUGAGAGAGGCUAUUUUAUGUGUACUCUUAGUGCUUAUUACCUCAUUGCACCUACCACAUGUGAAGUCUAAUUUCUCUGUUAAUCUGCUUGUGAUCCCACCACACCAUUUGUUUAUGCAUUGUUUACACUAACAAGACUGUAUGGAAUUUCUGUCUAAGCAUGGUUUGAUAUACAGAAAAAAUUCGCACAACUUUAAACACGACAAAAAGUAAAUUUGAAAGUGACCUUUUGAACUUUAAUGAUGUUGACUGGAAUAGCAUAUAUGCUUUGAAGUCAACCUUGUGGAAAUCAAAUAAUCGUUUUUUCCCCUUUUUUUUUCAUGAAAAAAAGCAUUUAUUGCACAUUAAAAAAUAUGGUAACUUAGUUAUGCAUGUUCUGUUACUCUGUUACUAUAGAAGAUAUAAUUAAUUAUUUCUAUUGGGUUGGUGCAUAAUUAUUGUGGCUUUUUUCAACAAAUUUUAUUCAACAAAAACAAUGAAAACAUGUAACAAAAACAUCUUUAAAUGAUUAUUCUGGAGCAUAUUCACCAUCUACUUCAAUUACUGCUUCCCAUUUGCUUGGCAGACAGUCAGACCAUCAUUUAAAGAUGUUUUUGUUAAAUAUUGUUAUUGUUUUUGUUGAAUAAAAUUUGUUGAAAAAAAGCUGCAAUAAUUAUGCAUCAACCCAAUAAUUAUCACAUUUCUUUUAUUCAGCUAAUGGAAAGUAUUUUAUAUAAUUGUUGUUGUUGUUGUUUAUCUCAAGGUAAAUUCUAAUUGAACAAAAUUAUGAUCAAAAGCAUUCAAGCUGUGAACAUAGAGCAUCAUAUUGUUAUAUUUCAAAGACUAUAUUAUCCAAUAUGUUUUUCAUUUUGUUUUUAAACAAUGUAUUAUGUAAUUUGAAGGACGCUCACAAUAAUUUAUUUGUGAAUCAUAGAAAUAAAGUUACCUGUAAAUAUCUAUACAGGGAAGUUUUUUUUUUUUUUUUCUGAAAUAUCACCCUCCUGCAUAUUAUUAGAAUUUCUUUCAUAGACAAUUCUUUAGUCACUGUUAUUUCUAGCCGAGGUGGUAAUUGCCUAGAUAGAUUUUAAUUUGCUCAUUGGUACUAGAUUGCUACUGUUUGUGUUCUUGUAUAGCCUCAGGUUAGCAACCCUUAAUAAACAGAUCUAUGCUCAAAUGCAUUCCGAUUACAAUCAGCCCAUCUUUUAUUCUUUUAUCCAGAACCAGAUUAUUCAAUGUCCUCCUCCUCCUCUAUAGUGACAAACCAUAACCUAAAGGAUACUUGACCACUAUUUUUCAUCAUGUUCAGCAAUGCAAGCAAUCAUGAAGAGGCUUGCUCCCUUACUGACUCGUGUUUCUUGCAGUUUUUCAGCCCCAAAUCAACCCUGACUGAGCAGACACAGAAGUGCUUGAUCUGAAGUGCUCCAUCCAUAACUUCCCUGCCUUUUUAGACUUACAUAUGGGGAGGCACAUAGCUUAGUGAUUAAGGUGUUUGAAUCAUGGUCAUGAUAUUAGGGUUUCGAUUCCUGGACUAGGCAACAAGUUGUAUUCUUGAGCAAAAACUUCAUUCCACAUUGCUCCAGUCCUCUCAGCUGACAUAAGUAAGUAAUCCAAUGACAGACUAGGGUCCCAUACAGGUGGGGAAUAUAUGCACCACAGAAACCAGGAAACCAGCCCUAACAGUCUAUAUGACUUGGGAAGGCCCUUUAUCCUUUAUCCUACACUGGUAGUAUGUGAAUUAGGAUAACUUUUCUAUUUCUAAUAGGCUGAGAAACUAUGUAGAAAAUCCCUCCUUGGCUUGGGGUUAUUUCCAUAACCAAGUCACUUAUUUCUUAAAUUACCCAGAACAGCUUCUCAUCUAAAAAUAUGUUCUACAAGUGACAAGUUGUUGCUGUUGUUAUUGCUGUCGCUCUGUGUAUAAUUCCCUUAUUUAAGGCAAUAGAGUGUAAUAUCAUGAAGAAUUGACUGAUAUUUCUAGCAUUUUAGCUGCUUGUGUUAAAAAUUGGCAUAUCUCUAUUUAAUUUAUAAUGAAGAUAUGAACAAAAUUUUUGAUCAAGAUUACUGCAUUUGCCAGUGAUGCACCCCUAUUUUACAGAGAUGCUUUAAGAAAAAUAAAACAAAUUUAGUUUGUUUCAUCAUACACUUAUUUUAUUGAAAGAUAUUUUGGCAUGGUUUUGUGGGAGAAAAUGUAUAAUUUUGUGCAUGUUAAUACUAUAUUAUGGCAGUAUAUUGGAAUAAAGUAUAAAACCAUAAAUUCAUUAUAAAUAAACUACAUUAUGGAAGUACUAUAUCUCAGCUUAAUCUUCUUUCAGGUUAACUCUAUUGUUGUUCAUAAUUUAAACAAGGAAACUGCCAUACAGGAUGUAAAGCUCAUAUUCCUGAUUGUGAUGUUCUGUAUUAUGAUCACCCACCAGAGUAGCACACCACCACUAUGAUCUUGGUGUCAUCAACUCAUAGCAAAUAGUUAACAGGUAUUCUUUUCAGACUACAUUAACCAAUGUGUCUUUUUCUUUUAUAAGACAGCUAGAAAGAGGUGUAGGAACUGGAUGAACCGUAUACCCUCCUCUUUCAAGAAAUUUAGCUCAUAUAGGUUCAUCAGUGACACUUUUAAUAUGUACUAUUUCCACCACAUGGUGGAUAUUGAUUAAAUUCAUUAUGCUUGAAUAGAGCAUUAUGUUGUAUGUUUAUUUUAAUAAAAAGAUAUUUUAAAUAAUUAAAAA